GGGCAUCCCGAUGUCGAGGUUGCGCUCGCCGAGUCGCUCUAUCGUGGGUCCUCACGAGUGCGCAAAACGAACCCCCUCGACAUGAUGUACCAUAUCUUCGACGAUAAUUUGAUCCUUCGCAAGGCAUUCACCGCAACGCUUGGUAUUCCCAUCGCGCCGCUUGGCGAUCCACAACGCGAGGGUACGGGCGCGCUCUACUAUCGCAUUGGUGCCGGCGAUUGCGAGCGCAUCGUUCUCCUGACGUGCGCGCACGUCGUAUGUCUCGAUGGCUGCGCGGGGCAGGCGGGGUGCAGCGCGCGACAGGAGGUUAUCGCCCCUGGCGAACAGGCCUUCAAAGACGGCCUCGAGCACCUUCAAUACCUGAUCACCGACAGCACAAGGCGCAUACAAAAUGCGGAGGCGAACCUUCAUGAACUCGGGGAACACGUCGAGGGAGAGCCUUCAAACACCACCCAGGUGCGCGAAGUAAUGAGGGGAGCAAUUGAGUGGACGACCGCAUGGAGAGAAGAAGCGAACACCUUACGCGACACAUAUGAGACCACCCGCUCGCAGCCCGAAGAGCGUGUCAUCGGCUCUGUCCUUCACGUCGAGAAGGAUGAUGCGCCCGCUGAAGCGUACGGUUACCCUCGUGACUUCGCUUUGGUGGAGAUGUACAAGGAGAAGAUGGAUUGGUCAACUUUUCACGGUAACAAGGUGUUCAUUGGUGACAACCUCUCUUCCCAUCAGUUUCGAAGAGCACUGUUCCCCCAGGAGUAUGCCCGUUGCCAAUAUCCCGCCGACGGUCUACUGCAAGCCCGUGGUAUCGUUACCGAUGACGAGUUCCGAAACCCCCAGGGCGUCGACAAAUAUAAGAAGAAGUGCCUCCUCGUUGUGAAGACCGGCGCACUCACUGGAACGACUGUCGGCUGCGUGAACGGUCUCGAGUCUUUUACGCGCAUAUACGACGACCACGGCGCCCAUCACACCUCAACUCAGUUCGCCAUUUUAUGCUUGGAAAAGACCAUCACGGAUUUUAGCUGCUUUGCCGAGCAGGGAGAUUCUGGGUCUAUCGUACUUACAGGGGAUGGGCGCAUUGUUGGUCUGCUCACCGGUGGUGCGGGGCUUCCUGAAUCGCCCUAUAAUGCUGUAUCGUAUAUCACUCCCUACUGGUGGGUUGAGCAGCAGAUCAAGGCCAAGUUCCCUGAUUGCAGCCUCUACGACGGCCCUCGCUGAUAGCCCGACGAACCGACCGCGGACGGAGAACUACGUCGCGCCCGACGCGAAGCCGCCGCCGGGGCCCUUUGGCUGGUUCUUGGAGCUUCCGCCGGUUAAGAGCCUUUUGGAUGGGUUCCGGGAACGGUUUGGGGGUGGGAAGACGCCUGCUGCGGAGGUGGAGGAUCGAACAGAGGACGCUGCGAAGGCAGAGGGUGCUGCUGAGGCAGAUAACUAAAGUUGUCGCUAAGGCAGAGAGUUCGAUGCCUCAAACCUCAAGGGCCGAGAAUUCCGACGCUUGAGAGGCUACAUAUCAAUGCCUUGAAGGCAGAGGACCAGAACAUCUCGAGGGCAGGAAUUUGGCGUCAUGAUGUAGCUUUGUCUCCCAGUAUUCCCUGUAUGCGAGACACGAUAAGUACCUUGUUUCGACGUAGGCUUUGUUGAGGCUUUGCGAUACUUAUUCGUGUAUGCCCGGGUGGAGGCCUUGAAGGCG